AACUCAACAUUUACAUACAUUAUAGAGCCAAUUAGUUCAGCAUCUCAUAAUCCAGCGCAUAUCCCAUUUAAUCGAUAUAUCAGCCUAACAAAACAUAACGCGACUUUACUUGAAGAUAACGAAACCCAGAACCUAGCAGAUAACACAGCAACAAGUCAAUGUGAAUUAAAGUGCGAAGAAAAUUUUGAUGUACCAUAACAAUAAUUGUAUAAUAUACAGCAAUUCACCGCCUUUCCAGUGGAAUUGUAUCAAAGUGCCUUGACCCCUAGAGAAUCGGAUUUAAGAUUGGAAAGUACAAAUCUUCCGGUGUUUUUGUUCCAUUCUUCUUAUUGCUACGUACAGAGAAAGUGCUAUUAUUCAGUGAAAAUGGUUACCGAAUCGUCAGCAUCUUUCCUUGGGCUUGAUUUGAGUACACAGCAGCUGAAAGCCGUCAUUGUAAAUGAAAACCUGGAAAUUUUACAUGAGGAAACAGUAAUUUUUGAAACACAUUUGCCGGAAUACAGGACAAAUGGAGGAGUAAGAGUAAACAAAGCAAAUCCUCAUGAGAUAACAGCACCAACUAUCAUGUGGAUAAAAGCCUUAGAUCUUCUAAUGGAUAAACUCAUAAUUGCAAGUGUGGACUUCUCAAAGAUCGCUGCUAUAUCUGGUACAGCACAACAACACGGUUCUGUGUACUGGCAGAAUGGUGCCGAAAAAACAUUAGGCAACUUGGAUUCAUCGAAUUUUUUACACACUCAACUAGCCACAAGUUUCUCCGUAUCGGACAGCCCCACAUGGAUGGAUUCCACAACGAAAAUUGAGUGUAGAUGUUUCGAAGAGGCAGUUGGAGGUCCUGAAAAUCUUGCAAGGAUCACUGGUUCCCGAGCUUACGAAAGAUUCACUGGCCCCCAAAUAGCAAGGAUAAGUACACAUAGACCCGAAACUUUCAAAAACUCAGAGAGAAUUUCACUAGUCAGCAGCUUCCUCGCAUCACUAUUCUUGGGUAGAAUAGCUCCAAUAGACUACAGCGAUGCCUCUGGUAUGAACCUUAUGGAUCUGAGGACUAAAAAAUGGCAUCCUCAGCUACUUAAACUAUGCGGUCCUGAUAUUGAAAAAAAACUAGGUGAUCCUGUACCUUCAUGCUCGUGUUUAGGGACUAUAUCACCAUAUUUUGUUGAGAGAUAUGGUUUCAACGAGAAGUGUAAAGUGAUCGCUUGUAGUGGAGAUAACCCUUCUUCGUUGAUAGGAAUGGGCAUAAAGGAUGACUGGCUUGCAGUGAGCUUAGGAACUAGUGAUACUCUUCUAAUAUGGCUUUCAGAACCGAAAACAGUUCUGAAUGGACAUAUUUUGUGUAAUCCACUCGAUCCCAAUGCUUAUAUGGCAAUUCUAUGUUUCAAAAACGGAUCUCUAGCCAGAGAAAAAAUAAGAAAUCGAUAUGCAGACAAAUCAUGGGAUGAAUUCAACGAGCUUUUGGAAAGCACCCCAAGAGGAAAUUUUGGUUAUUUAGGCCUUCAUUUUGACGUCGAAGAAAUUUUAAUUGCGGCAUCAGGAGAGUUUAGAUACAAUAAAGAAGGUAAAAAGUUGUCCAAGUUUUCCAGCAGUGAAAUAGAAAUACGAGCAGCCAUAGAAGGCCAGUUCCUCCUGAGGAGGUUAUUCGCAGAAGAAAUUGGAUUCAAAAUAGGAAAAGGAACUAAAAUUUUAGCUACUGGUGGAGCAUCUUGCAACAAGUCGAUACUUCAAGUUCUUUCCGACGUUUUUGGCUGCCCUGUUUACACACAAGAUAAUGUCAAUUCUGCUUUGAUUGGAGCCGCUAAACAAGCAUUAAUAGGAUUUAAUAAAGAAAGAGGGGAAAACAAUCGUGCAGAUUAUUUAACUCCAAAAUUGGUUUGCGAACCAUAUAAGAACUCUGAAGAUAUGUAUGGUCCAAUGGUUCAAAAAUUAGUUCAAAUUGUGAAAAAUAUUGAAAAUGAAUCGAAACAAAUCUGAUAGGUAGUAAGGUGAUUAUAUUUAUACUAGGAAAUACCCGUUUUCCUCAAAAUAUUUAAUAUUUGUUAUCUUCCAUUAAAUCUCUUUU